UGUAAAGGAGAAGCAAGGAGGGCUUGCCAGAGGUGGCAAUAACAAUAGUGGUGGUGGUCGCGGAAGGGGUGGCGGGCGAUCACGACGAGACGAAGAGAGAGAUAGGAACUUGGAAACGUUUGGCGAGCCCGGUGGUGUUGGUAUGAUGGGUCCUGGAGCUUAUGUUGGUGGUUAUGGUGGUUAUAGGGGCAAGCGCAGAAGGGGCGGACCGGGAGCGCGUGGCUCUCGGGGUGGUGCUCCCAAAGCUAUUGCCGUACGUGUGUUCUCUACGUCUGGCAAUCACGUUUCAUCUGACAAACUUGAAGCAGCACAGUGGAUAAAUCCACAUAGCGUCGGCCUAGAGGAUGG